GUAUCUGAGGCCCAUAUUCUAUCGCCAUUACGACCCUUUCCCAUCCCUUCAUAUUACCGCUCCCUCGCUUCCACGAUCCCAAAUCCACACCAAAUUUUCUUCUCAAUUCUUUCUUCCUUUUUCUUUUUCUUGUUCUUGUUCUGUAAAAUCUUUGGAGGAUCGGAUCGGAGAUAUGGCGCAGAGGACCGAGAAGGAGGAGACGGAGCUGAAGGUUCCGGAGACCAUCACGUUGUGCGUCAACAACUGCGGAUUUACCGGUAAUCCGACCACCAAUAACAUGUGCCAGAAGUGCUUCAACGCGACCACGGCGGCAGCGGCGGCGGCGGUGGCUACCACCGCCACGACGUCGUCUUCCACGACUGGAAUAUCGGUACCUCGCAAGUUGUCCGGCGAGAAAAAUUCCAGAUCUAGAUCUCGAUCGCCUGUGCUAAUGGAUUCGGUUCGCGAUAGUUGCAGGAUUAUGUCCGUGGAUCGGUCCAAAUCUGACGAAUCUGCCAAGCGCCAGGUGAAUCGAUGCUCCGGAUGCAGAAAGAGAGUCGGAUUGACCGGAUUUCGGUGUCGAUGCGGGGAGCUCUUCUGCGCCGAGCACCGGUACUCCGAUCGCCAUGACUGCAGCUUCGAUUACAAGGCCGCCGGUCGCGAUGCCAUAGCAAGGGAAAAUCCAGUCGUCAAAGCACCGAAGAUCGUUAGAGUCUGAUUUGUAUAAAAAGUCAAAAAAAAAAAACCAAAAAAACAAAAAACAAAAAACAGAAACAUCAUAUUUGAUCUGAAAUGUCAAAUUUAAGAUCGUGGACUCGAAAGAAACAAAGAAAAUUUCUACGGAAAUGAAGGUUAUAAAUCCCGCAGUCUCUCCCUCGGAGAUUACAGAUCUAUCAGAGGGAGCGAGGAAUUGUCGUCGAAUAUCAUGAUCUUCGUGUCUGAUAAUUAUGAAUUAUCUCUCUUUUUUAAUUUUUAAUUUUUCGAUUUUUAUUUCUGCUUCAAUCCACACUUCUUAAUUCUUCUUUCUUCUCCAUCCAUUCCUGGUAUCUGGAUAAAGAUUAUUUGUAAGGCUCUUCAAUAUUCAAUCCAUUUCGUGUUCUUCU